AUGUCUCUCGUCGCUCCGCCGAACUUCUCGUGGGUCGAACCUCACAAACUCGCCGGUCUGGCCUGUCCCUCAGAACCUCAGCAUUACAAGUUCCUGGUGGAGAAUGGCAUCAGACACCUGGUGUGCUUGUUAGAAUCCAAACCACCGAAAUACGACACCUGUCCGGAGCUCAUCCUGCAUCACAUCAGCAUAGUGGACUUCACUCCGCCGAGUCUGCCUCAGAUCCUGAGAUUCCUGAGCAUCGUGGAGGAAGCCAAUGUUAAAGGGGAGGCCGUUGCGGUUCACUGCAUGCAUGGUCAUGGCAGGACAGGGACCAUGCUGGCCUGCUAUCUGGUGAAAAAAAGGAACAUCUCAGGUCUGGAAGCCAUCAAAGAAAUCCGACGCCUUCGAAAAGGCUCCAUUGAGACAAAAGAGCAGGAGAAAGCAGUGAUAGAUUUUCAUAAAUACAUACAAAACUGUUCUCAAAACUGUUGUCAAAAGCAUUGACUGCACACCUACAAUUCUGUCUGUACACUGAGAGCUGUCUGAUCCACAUUUGUGCGAUCACACACCCACAGAGAAUUGAGGUCAUGUUUAUAACUGAAGUCCAGUUAAUAUUAAACACAAUAUGUAUAUUGGGUCAAAAAUGCUUAUCUUUGUAUUCAGAUCUACAAACUUCUAAAAAAAAUGCAUUAAAAUAAAAUGAAUCGACAAUGACU